CCGGUUAAUGGAUUUUUCGGUCAGACAGGACAAUUUUACACAACACAGCUGUAAAUCGAUUCGACAACUUGGACAAGAGAAAGGAAGGUUCGAGAAGGAGCCGGACGGCAAUCAAACUCUUUGCGUGUCAACUACUCAACUCGCAGAAAAGAAACACGUCAUUCCUUGCCCGUUUCGCCUUUUUCUGUUAAUUAAUUGGUUCUCCUCAACUAGGUCGGCCAAUUCCCCUCUAUAAAUCGACUCCCAAUUCUCUGGUUUCGCCAUCCGCUGAAUCACAAUUCAUUCAAAAAUCUCUCCAUAAUCAGAUCUCCGAUUCAGAGCUUUCUCCCAGUUUCUCAAGGUAACAACCGAAUCCGAUCUAUUCAUCAAUCUCUUCCUGUUCGUCCAGUUCUAGUUUUUGUUUGUAUUGAACGUUGAUCUGCGAACUAGGGUUCUUUCUGAUGGUGAUAUGAUCGUAUGCGGUAAUAUUGUGAUCUCUGAGCCUAAUCCAAUUGAGGGUUUUCGUUGGUUCAUAUUAAUCUCGGUCGGGGUUAUUGAAUUAGGGUUUUCUUUUCGUUGUGAUCGAACAGAUGCAGAUCUUUGUCAAGACCUUGACGGGAAAGACCAUUACUCUCGAGGUCGAGAGCAGCGAUACGAUCGACAACGUCAAGGCUAAGAUCCAGGACAAGGAGGGAAUUCCCCCGGAUCAGCAGAGGCUGAUUUUCGCCGGCAAGCAGCUCGAGGACGGCAGGACGUUGGCCGAUUACAACAUCCAGAAGGAGUCGACCCUGCACCUGGUUCUCCGUCUUCGUGGAGGAAUGCAGAUUUUCGUCAAGACUUUGACUGGAAAGACGAUUACUUUGGAGGUCGAGAGCUCCGACACCAUUGACAACGUCAAGGCUAAGAUCCAGGACAAGGAGGGUAUCCCUCCAGAUCAGCAGAGGUUGAUCUUCGCCGGGAAGCAGCUUGAGGACGGCAGGACGUUGGCCGAUUACAACAUCCAGAAGGAAUCCACCCUUCACCUGGUUCUCCGUCUGAGAGGUGGUAUGCAGAUCUUCGUGAAGACAUUGACUGGCAAGACCAUUACUCUCGAGGUUGAGAGCAGUGACACUAUUGACAACGUUAAGGCCAAGAUCCAGGAUAAGGAAGGGAUCCCUCCAGACCAGCAGAGGCUCAUCUUUGCUGGGAAGCAGCUUGAGGAUGGGAGAACUCUGGCAGAUUACAACAUCCAGAAGGAGUCAACUCUCCAUCUUGUGCUCCGUUUGAGGGGUGGUAUGCAGAUUUUUGUGAAGACCCUGACUGGAAAGACCAUCACCCUUGAGGUUGAGAGCUCCGAUACCAUUGAUAAUGUCAAGGCUAAGAUCCAGGAUAAGGAAGGAAUCCCCCCAGAUCAGCAGAGGCUUAUCUUUGCCGGGAAGCAGCUCGAGGAUGGAAGGACAUUGGCUGACUACAACAUCCAGAAGGAGUCAACCCUUCACUUGGUCCUGCGUCUAAGGGGAGGGAUGCAGAUUUUUGUCAAGACCUUGACUGGAAAGACCAUCACCCUCGAGGUUGAGAGCAGCGACACCAUUGACAAUGUGAAGGCUAAGAUUCAAGAUAAGGAGGGUAUCCCACCAGAUCAGCAAAGGCUUAUCUUUGCAGGAAAGCAGCUUGAAGAUGGAAGAACCUUGGCGGAUUACAAUAUCCAGAAAGAGUCUACUCUGCACUUGGUCCUUCGUCUCCGUGGUGGCUUCUGAAGUGUGUUGUGUCUAAUGUGUUGAAGGUUGUUGUUGGUUUCUGAUGAGUGUUUGAAAGAUGUUUUUUAAGUUUCUGGUCGGCUGUGGGGUAUAUGCUUAAUGGCUCCUCGGUUAUUUUAGUUUUCUUUUCAGUACUGUGAUGGCCUCGGUGGCCCUGUGAACAAUCAAAUUGGCUCUGUUUGGUUUCUUAUCAAGUUCGGUUUGUGGCUAUUUUGAAAUUUGCUCCUCUUGUUUGCAUGCUAUAGUCUGAUCUGAUGGUAUCUUGGUCUGGCUCAGUUAGGAUUGUAGAAUUGCAGAUAAGUGGAAUGAAGGUGUCAUCGUAAA